GUUGAGCAGAGCCCGCAUCUUUUCAACCACUUGGCAUUCGGAUUCGAUCCGUGUCCUACUUUGAGCUUCUUCUUUCGUUGGAGAGCUGAAGAAUUUCACAGUUUGUAGAGGUUUUUUCCCACAUCGUUUGGCGUGACAUCGAUCCCCAGGUGUUCUACGGAGAUUCAAGACGCUGCUUUGUCCACAAUAAUUUGCAGAAGCGGAUUAGGUGGUAAUACCAUGGCAACAAGCGUCAACAGUCAAAGAAAGUUUGUCACAGCAAAACCCUUUCAGUGUGAGAAGUGCAGCAAGCAGUUCAGUAAGCUGGGUCAUCUGAAGGCUCAUGUACGGACUCACACAGGGGAGAAACCCUACAAGUGUGAGGACUGCAGCAGGCGGUUCAGUCAGCCGGGUCAUCUGACGACUCACAUCCGGACUCACACAGGUGAGAAGCCCUACAAGUGUGAGGAGUGCAGCAGGCAGUUCACUACUAAGAGUAGCCUGAAGUCUCACAUACGAACUCACACAGGAGAGAAACCCUACAAGUGUGAGCAGUGCAGCAAGCAGUUCAGUUGGUCUGGUGAGCUAAAGGCACAUAUGCGCAUUCACACAGGGGAGAAACCCUACAAAUGUGAGCAGUGCAGCUGGCAGUUCAGUGAGCUGGGUCAUCUGAAGACUCAUGUACGGACUCACACAGGGGAGAAACCCUACGGGUGUGAGGAGUGCAGCAGGCAAUUCACCACUCGGGGUCAUCUGAAGACUCACAUGUGUACUCAUACAGGUGAGAAACCCUACAAGUGUGAGGACUGCAGCAGGCGGUUCAGUCGGUCGAGUCUACUAAAGACUCACAUGCGGACUCACACAGGAGAAAGACCCUACAGGUGUGAGGAGUGUGGUAGUCAGUUCAGUCAGCUGAGUUCACUUAGGACUCACAUGCGCACUCACACUGGAGAGAAACCCUACAGUUGUGUAGAAUGUAGCAAACAAUUCGGUCAACUUGGUAAUCUAAAUGCCCACAUGAAGACUCACACAGGAGAGAAACCCUACAGGUGUGAGAAGUGUAGCAGGCAGUUCAGUGAGCUGGGAAGUCUGAGGACCCACAUGCGGACUCACACAGGGGAGAAGGCUUACAGAUGCGAGGAGUGCAGCAAACAGUUUGUCACACAAGGUAAUCUGAAGGAACACAUGCGGACUCACACAGGAGAGAAGCCCUACAUGUGUGAGGAGUGCAGCAGGCAGUUCAGAACAUCAGGUCAUCUGAAGAAGCAUAUACGGACUCACACUGGGGAGAAACCCUACGGGUGCAAGGAGUGCAGCCGGCAGUUCAGCCAGCUGGGUCAUGUGAAGAAACACAUGCGAACUCACACAGGGGAGAAACCCUACAAGUGUGAGGAGUGCAGCAGAGAGUUUAGUGAGCAGGGUCAUUUGAAGAGACAUAAGCAGACUCACGGGGGGGUGAAACCCUACAAGUGUGAGGAGUGCAGCAAGCAGUUCAGUAGACUAGAUGGUCUAAAGGAACAUAUACGGACUCACACAGGGGAGAAGCCCUACAGGUGUGAGGAGUGCAGCAGGCAGUUCAGAACAUCAGGUCAUCUGAUGAGACAUAUGAAGACUCACAAAGAACACAGAACCCUGGUAAAGUCAAAAGAUCACAUGAAAACUGAUUUUUGACCAACUAUAAAUAUGGGAGAAAAGCAGAUCUGAUGGUCUACAAAACAAUGAUGUAGAUUCCAAACCUUGCAUUAUCUAAAUUCUAGAAUACUGUAGCCAGUUUCAGUGAGAACAGUUUUUCUAGCUGGCGACAAUAGUGACAGCUAAAGUCACAAAAAUUAAGGUACCAUUAACAAUUCAAUAAUUACAUUAACAUGGAUGAUUCAUAUGGCUUUCAACAGUUAGUUGGAAGGCAUACAUUGUAUAUACAACAUUUUUGUAACUUGUAUGUGAACUGUUCUUCUAUGCAUGAUUGAAAGCUCCCUUAUAAUUUUUCACCUGCUAAUUACCCAGCUGGUCACAAUAUUGACCUGUCUCACAAAUGAAUAUUAAUGAGCUUGCCUUAUAUGGCCAUAAGUAGAAGCCAAUCAGCGCAGUUAUACAGAAUAUGAAGUUACCGGAGUUUUAGGACACAGGUUCGAAUCUGCGUAGGAUAAUAGUGUAGAGUCUGUAGACUGAUCCAAGUGAUCAACUUCCUUAUUUUUUU